AUGUUGGCUAAGUCACUAAUCCACUUUCAGAAUUUUAGGAAAAUAGCAACUCCAAGUUUGUUAGGAGCUAGCAGAUCAUUCUCUAGUCUUAACAGAGGAAAGAUAGCUGUAGCUAACCCUAUUGUCGAAAUGGAUGGAGACGAAAUGACCAGGAUUAUUUGGCAACAGAUCAAGGAGAAGCUCAUCCAUCCAUAUUUAGAUCUUAAAUUGGAUUAUUACGAUUUAAGCAUCCAGAACAGAGAUGCUACAGAGGACCAGGUCACUAUUGAUGCAGCUCAUGCUACACUUGAGAAGGGAGUUGCAGUCAAAUGUGCUACGAUUACCCCAGAUCUUGCUAGGGUUAAGGAAUUUAACCUUAAAAAGAUGUGGCUUAGUCCAAAUGGAACAAUCAGAAAUAUCUUGAAUGGAACUGUAUUCAGAGAGCCUAUCAUGAUUAAGAAUAUUCCCUUAUAUGUUCCAGGUUGGCAUGAACCAAUUAUUAUUGGAAGGCACGCUUUUGGAGAUCAGUAUAAAGCCAGAGAUUUCCAUAUAAAAGAACCUGGAACUUUCAGCCUUGGCUUCAAGCCAGAAAAUCCUAACUCAGAAGGAAUCUCAGAAGAUGUGUAUAAGUUUGAAGGUGAAGGAGUCUUUUUAGGAAUGUACAAUACUAAGAAAUCUAUUGAAUCUUUUGCAAAGGCUUGCUUUGAGUAUGCCUUGAACAGAGAUUACCCUUUAUAUCUUACGAGUAAGAAUACCAUUUUGAAGCAAUAUGACGGAUUAUUCAUGGAUACCUUCGAGGAGAUCUACCAACAAGAGUAUAAGCAAAAGUUUGAAGAAAAGAAUUUAUGGUACGAACAUAGACUCAUUGAUGAUAUGGUAGCUCAAGUCAUUAAGGGAUCAGGAGGUCUUGUAUGGGCCUGCAAAAAUUAUGACGGUGAUGUCCAAUCCGAUAUUGUAGCCCAAGGCUAUGGAUCACUUGGACUUAUGAGUAGUGUCCUUAUCAAUCCAGAAGGAGUGAUAGAAAGCGAAGCUGCUCAUGGAACUGUUACAAGGCAUUACAGGUUCCAUCAGAAUGGAGAAGAGACUUCUACUAACUCUAUUGCAAGUAUUUUCGCAUGGACUAAAGGACUAACAGCGAGAGCUCAGCAUGAUAAAAACGACGAUCUCUUAAAUUUCUGUCAAAAAUUAGAGAGUACAGUGAUUAAAACCGUUGAGGAUGGCAAAAUGACGAAAGACCUAGCUAUCACCAUCAAGGGCACUACAGAUGUUGAUAGAUCUGAAUAUCUGAACACUUUUGAAUUCCUUGACACAGUAGAAGCAAACUUUAAUUCUAUUUUCUAAUUCCUGGUCAGCUAUCUGCUAUAAUUUCAGCUAAAAUUU